AUGGAUGAUGAUGAUGAAAAUAUAGGUAUAAAUAAAAUUCAUGAAAUAUUAGUUCAAACAAAAAUUCAACCAGCGAAAAGUAAAACUAUUGUAGAAUUAUUUCGACGAUUUUUUUCACCAAAUGUAAAUAAUGAAAAACUCGAAGAUGUUGAUUGUGUACAAGGUGGUUAUCAUGAAAUUGUACCUCGUUUAUUUCUCGGUGAUUAUAAAUUAGCACUGGAUCCAGUCAAAUUAAAGCAAUUGGGUUUUACACAUAUUUUAAAUGCUGCUGAAGGACGUAAAUUUGGACAAAUUAAUACAUGUGCAACGUAUUAUGAAGAAGCAGGAAUUAAAUAUUUAGGUUUUUCUAUUAUUGAUAGUCCUGCUUAUCAGAUUGGAACGCAUUUCGAAGAAGCAAUUAAAUUUUUAGAAGAAGCAUUAAACAAUAAAAAGAAUCGUGUUUAUGUUCAUUGUCAACAAGGUAUUAGUCGAUCGGCAACAUUAAUUGUAGCAUAUUUGCUUCAUACAUAUGAAAAUAUGUCAUUGUUUGAUGCAUUUCAACUAGUUGCUACUCGACGUCGAAUUUGGCCAAAUGAAGGAUUUUGUCGUCAUUUAAUUCGACUUGAAAAAGAAAAGAAAAAGAAAACAAGCAAUAAUGAAGAAACUCCACAAUCUUUAGAAUCUCAAAUAGAUGAAAAUGUAUUUGAACAGUAUGCAAUUAAUAAUGAAAAUAAUACCGAUGAAACUCUUUCAACAAAACCCUAA